GCCGCUAUUAAACCAUAGAAGAAGUUACGUCAUUUGACCGCGCCAUCUCCACAAGCAGGCACAUUUCAAUGACAACCUGCAUAUGUAACAUAUAUUAAUUACAGAAUAAUAGAGCCACAUAACAAUGCAACGAGCCGUUUUCGCACACAUUGCAUUGCAUGACUGGACGCAUGUUUUCAGUCCUUUGAGGAUACGACAAUGUUGUUUGAAGCACAGAGCACUACCAGUACAGCUCAAUUCUCGGGCAUACAGUGUGAUACCGCCCCCGCGCGACGAAGCAGAGAAGGCUCUGCUGCACAGUAUGUUGCGGGUGGACCACGCAGGGGAAUACGGUGCCAACCGCAUCUACGCCGGCCAGAUGGCAGUGUUGGGAAGGUCACAGACAGGACAGCUUAUUCAGGAAAUGUGGGAUCAAGAGAAGAAGCAUCUUGCCAAAUUCAAUGAGAUCCUUGCAGAGAACAGAGUUCGCCCAACGUUGCUGUUGCCCCUCUGGAACGUUGCAGGUUUUUUACUUGACCAUAUUCUGUGGUGUGUCCCCGCAGGAGCGGGCACCGCUCUACUGGGUAAAGAAGGGGCCAUGGCCUGUACUGUGGCUGUGGAGGAGAGCAUCUCAGAGCACUACAACAGCCAGAUCAGAGCCCUCAUGGAGGAGGACCCAGACAGAUACGUAGAGCUGUUAAAAUUAAUAAAGGAAUUCCGAGAUGAUGAGAUGGAACAUCAUGAUACAGGACUGGAGCACGAUGCUGAAUCUCUACCCGGAUACAAGGUUUUGAAGGGUGCAAUACAACUUGGCUGCACAGCCGCAAUAUUUGUGUCUCAGCGCCUAUAAAGUAAUAAUUCAUUCAGUUUCUCAAAGAUGGUUUCCUAAAAAAUAUAAUGAUUUAAGUGAUGUAAAUGGAUUUGUAAAUUGUAUUAGUAAAGUGAACCUUGCUACUUUAUACAAUGUAAUAGUCAGUGCACUCCCAUUAAAAAUAGUUGUGUUUUUUGUCCAAUUGUAA